AUGGCUAUGGCCUUUGCAAAUUCGAAUGUUCUAGUUGCGGGUGUUUUAAGCUAUAUGGUUUCUUUACAGUAUGGUCCUAGAGAAUGGAAUCUUGUAUCUCAGCGCAUGAACACGCCUCUUAACAGGGAUGCAAAGUCAUGCUUGGAAAGGUGGAAGAACUACCUCAAGCCUGGCAUCAAGAAAGGCUGUCUAACCGAAGAAGAGCAGCGUCUUGUGAUCCGGCUUCAAGCGAAACAUGGCAACAAGUGGAAGAAAAUCGCUGCAGAAGUUCCUGGUAGAACUGCCAAGAGGUUAGGCAAGUGGUGGGAGGUGUUCAAAGAGAAACAACAAAGGGAGAAACAAGAGAUUCACAAAGCAAUUGGCCCAGUUGAUGACACCAAAUAUGAUCAUAUACUAGAGACUUUUGCUGAGAAACUAGUGAAAGAACAACACCCUUCACAAUCACCAUACCUUAUGGUUGCUGCAUCUAAUGGACCUGCAUCUGCAUCUGCAUCUGCAUCAUCGGCAUUGUUUCCUCCUUGGCUUUCAAAUUCUAGCAGCACCAAUCCCUCAUCAGCAAUUAGGCCACCUUCCCCUUCUGUGACACUAAGUCUCUCCUCCUCAACAGCGUGGCUACAACCCGAAAGACGACUAGGGAAUGCAGCAACACCUCAUGGUGGAUCUGUUUCAGCCUUCGGUGAUAACAUGAUGGUCUCAGAGUUGAUAGAGUGCUGUAAGGAGUUGGAAGAAGGGUAUCGUGCUUGGGUGGUGCACAGGAAGGAGGCGGCUUGGCGGUUGAGAAGGGUGGAGCUGCAGUUGGAGGCAGAGAAGGCAAGCCGAAGGAAGGAAAAGAUGGAUGAAAUUGAGGCAAAGAUUAAGGCUCUUUGGGUGGAACAGAAUGCUGUUUUGGAUAGAAUUGAAUCAGAAUGCAGAGAACAGUUAGCAGGGAUGAGGAGAGAUGCAGAAAACAAGGAGCAGAAGUUGGCUGAGCAAUGGAAUGCAAAGCACAUGAGGGUAGUGAAAUGUAUGGAGCAAGUAGGAUGCAGAAUGCCACAGAUUGCUGAGCCUAAUGGAAGAUAAGAUUAAAGACAUCACUC